AUCAGGAAAAACGAUUUCCUCGCUUAGUAGAGAAGCUGUGUCUCAAGUAUCUAUCGUGGAUGUAACGAACUUCAGUGAAUAGUUCGAAGCCUCGAACAGUGAAAAGCCAGUUUUCAAAAUCAGUGUUUUGUGGUGAUUCAGGAUUAUGCUGACUUUUGAUAACUAAGAUUUGGUUGUUCCCGACGCGACACAACUCUCAUUCGUCAUGCACCCUCCGCGGUCGAGGAGCGGGUGCGCGGGCGCAGCGCAGGUGACUUAGGCGAUGCGCGAACCGCUCUGGUGACAGACACCAUGCCGGCACCGAUCGCCGUAUACAUCACCUCCUUCGUUGUUUUUUGGCUAUGUGUGAACGCGGACGAAGCGCCGUCGCUGGCGGUGCCGCGUCCGGCGAACGACACGGCGGACCCGCCGGACCUCCGAUCGCCGGUCGGCCGUGUGCCGCCGUACCAGCCGCCGGCCAUCGGGCCCGUGCCGAUGCAAGCCCCGGGUUUCCGCCAACACAACCCCUACACUCGUGUUGAACCUUGGCACCAUCGCCCUGUAGUGGACAAGGACGCCUAUGUUGUGGCAGAGGAUAUCGAAGACCACGAGGACGACGGCGGCUGCCAUCUGCCGUGCCUCAAACAACAGUUUUCAUGCCAGAUCUCCUGCACUUGCAUACCGCUGGAGAAGCGUUGUGACGGCAUAGCCGACUGCGCAGAAGCAGAAGACGAAGCAAACUGCGCGAGAUCAUGCGACGAGCGAGAGAACCGGACUAUCUGUCCGAACACCAAUGUGUGCAUAGCCCUUGACUGGAAAUGCGAUGGCGACAACGACUGCGGGGAUUUCUGGGAUGAGACCCAUUGCGGCGGAGUAGAGAACUGCACCUCUGAUCAGUUCCACUGCGCCAACGACCUUUGCAUCCACAAGGACUGGGUGUGCGAUGGGGACAAUGACUGCCGGGACAACUCUGAUGAAACAAAUUGCACUAAGGGCAAGUGUAGAGAUAAUCAGUUCAUGUGUGCGGUCGGAGAAUGCAUCUCCCUGCACUGGCGGUGCGACAAGGAGGGCGACUGCCCUGACAACUCCGACGAGAUAGAAUGUCCAAUUGAUCUACUAAGAUGUGGCGAGAAUGAGUUUCAAUGCGACAACAAGCGCUGCAUCCGCAAGAGUUUCCAAUGCGACGGGGACAACGACUGCGGGGACUGGACCGACGAGGACACCUGUCCUAUGAUGCCGGGGAACUGCAAUGCCGGAGAGUUCAAAUGCAGUGACGGAAAGUGCAUCCCAGAACGAUGGAGAUGUGACAGUGAAAGAGACUGCUCUGAUGGCGGCGACGAGCUCAACUGCGAGCCUCAUACCAUACGCAAUUGUACCCCCGACGAGUACAUGUGCGCAGAGCGACGAUGCAUUUUGAAAACCUGGAUAUGCGAUGGAGUUCGAGACUGCGUGGACGGUGAAGACGAAAUGAAGUGCAAAGUGUUUUGCGAAGAAGACCAAUACAUGUGUAAAUCUCAAGAAAAUCUCAUCAGCAACGCAUUCCGAAAUUGCGUAAACAGGAAGCAUGUUUGUGACGGGAUGAAAGAUUGCCCUAAAGGAGAUGAUGAGGAAAAAUGUCCAGUGAAAAGAAAAUGCGGGCCAGAAGAUAAGUGUGAGAAACUAUGCAUCACUACGCAUGAUGGUCUACCUGCCUGUGACUGUCCAUUGGGAUUCUUGUUGGACGAUGAUGGAAAAAGUUGCCGCGAUAUCGACGAGUGCAUGUACGAACAGGAUCCAGUAUGCUCCCAGACCUGUUCCAAUACGAUCGGAAGCUUCCGCUGCGGGUGCAUGACUGGAUAUGUCCUGAGACCUGAUGGACGGUCUUGCAAGCCUACUGGGGAAUCGCCAUCACUGCUGUUCUCUAACAGGAUUGGGAUACGUCAGGUGUGGUUGACUGGGGACAACUACAUGUCGGUGGUAAAAGGCUUGCAUAAUGCAGUUGCGUUGGACUAUCAUUAUGAGAAGAAACUGGUGUUCUGGACUGAAAAUAACCUGAGGGUGAUACGCGUUGCUCAGAUGAACAACAACAACAUGACAGAUGUAAUAAGAUGGGGUUUAGAAACACCUGGUGGCGUCGCAGUCGACUGGAUACAUAACCUGAUUUUCUGGACGGACUCUGGUACAAGGCGUGUGGAGGUGGCUAAUCUAGACGGGUCCCUGAGGGCGGUCAUAGCAGCCAACGACUUGGACAAACCCAGGGCUAUAGCCGUCCAUCCAGGAGACGCUCUAGUGUUUUGGACUGAUUGGGGACCGAAUCCAAAAAUAGAACGUGCCGAUAUGGACGGCAGCAGGCGGAAAACAGUAAUAUAUGAUCAUAUCGUAUGGCCUAACGGACUGACCAUUGAUUAUAUGGAGUCAAAGAUAUACUGGGCUGACGCUAAACAUCAUGUCAUCGAGAAGGCUACAUUUGAUGGAAGGGAAAGGAAACGGAUCACGAAUAAGGGACUCCCUCAUCCCUUCGCCAUGACGUUGUUCGAGGACGCAAUAUAUUGGACGGACUGGCAUACGAAAAGUAUAUCGACGGUGAACAAAAAGACUGGGAGGGGAAUACAAACCGUUCAUGCCGGCUUGAACGUUCCCAUGGAUAUUCAUAGCUACCAUCCUCUCCGGCAGCUGAAGACGUACAAGAACCGCUGCGGAGGCAACAACGGCGGUUGUUCUCAUCUCUGCCUACCUUACAGCGCUGGCAGAACUUGCCGAUGUCCCGUCGGCUUUAGUCUCAGUUCUGAUGGACAAACAUGCGAUGAAACUCCAGAGAAACUAUUGCUUUACGCUCGUCGCAAAGACAUUAGAUUAAAGCAACUGAAUCCAAGAAAACCGAUGGAUUCCUUAGACAUGGUGAUACCCGUGGAGAAUAUAAAGUCUGCCGUAGCACUGGACUGGGACCACAACACCAACUCGAUUUUCUGGACGGACGUGGAAAAGGACACUAUCAACAAAGCCUAUCUGAACGGCUCACACCAAACAAUCAUUGUUGGAUCCAAUCUUAUCUCUCCUGCCGGUUUGGCUUAUGACUGGAUCACCAACAAGUUGUAUUGGACUGAUGCCGGCACCAACAGGAUAGAAGUGGCCAAUGCCAACGGGAGUAUGAGAACUCUAUUAGCCUGGGACAAAAUUGAUAAACCAAGAGAUAUCGUUGUGGAUCCAAAAGGAGGUGUUAUGUAUUGGUCUGAUUGGGGUGCUGUGCCAUGCAUCGAGCGAGCUGAUAUGGACGGCGGGAAUCGUAGAAGGCUUAUAUUUGGCGACAUGACUUGGCCAAACGGAUUGGCACUGGAUCUUCCCAAUGACCGCAUUUACUGGUCCGAUGGUGGAAACAAAACUAUCGAAUACGCUUUCCUCAAUGGCACCGGGCGUAAAGUACUGAUUGGAACACACCUCACUCAUCCCUUUGGUCUGGAUCUGUAUGGAGAUGAGGUAAUCUGGACUGAUUGGGAGACACAGUCGAUCCAGGCCGCUAACAAAUUUACCGGAGCCAACCGGCGGACAUUAGGCGCUGGCGUAGCUGGACUCAUGGAUGUGAGGGUGUUUCACAAGGAAAGGAUGAGCGUCCCAAGUCGAUGCGGAAAGAAUAAUGGUGGGUGUUCUCAUCUUUGUCUUCUGAAACCAGAAGGACGCUCAUGUGCUUGCCCGAUUGGAAUAAAGCUACACAAGGACGGCAGAACGUGCGCUUUAGGUCCCGUUAACUUCUUGAUAUUUGCUCACCGCGUGGAUAUUCGAAUAGUAUCUCUGGAUGUACCGUAUUUGAUUGAUGUUGUGCUGCCACUGCCGCCCUUGAAAAAUGCCCUGGGGGUGGAUGUUGACCAAAAGACUGGUCAAAUUUAUUGGACGGAUACUGGAGAAAGAAAAAUUCAACGUUGCAAUAAAGGUGGAGACAAUAUUGAGACUAUUGUAGGAAAAGGACUCCAUACAGCUGACGGCAUCGUUAUCGAUUCAUCAGGUCGAAAGAUUUACUGGACCGAUGGGGGACGCAACAGCAUAGAAGUUGCAGAACUCAAUGGCAAUAACAGAAAAGUUCUCGUUUGGACUGGUUUAGAUUCACCUCGAGCUAUAGCUUUACACUACGAACAUGGCUACAUGUUUUGGUCUGAUUGGGGACAAUCAGCCAAAAUUGAAAGAGCGGAUAUGGAUGGCAAAAAUAGACAAGUCAUCGUGGAUAACAACAUCAAAUGGCCAAAUGGCCUCGCUAUUGACCGCACCGAAGGUCGUCUUUACUGGAACGAUGCUAAAGUCCUCACAAUAGAAAGUUCAGAUUUCAACGGUAAUGACCGUCGUACUGUCCUCAGCAACGUUCCGUAUCCUUACGGCAUUGUGAUUGUUGGCAAACACAUCUACUGGACUGAUUGGAAAACCAAAGCUUUACAUAGAGCUGACAAAAAUAACGGUAGGGAUCCUCUGGUGAUCAGAGAAAAUCUGGAAGGGCUUAUGGACAUAAGAGCUGUUCAGGGCGAGCGAAUACCAGAGGAUGUGUGUGGCCAUAACAAUGGCGGAUGUUCCCAUCUUUGCUUGCGAUCUCCACAUGGCCACUCCUGUGCCUGUCCAACAGGCAUACUUUUCGAAAACGAGACCGAGCCAAAUCCCAAAAUAUGUAAAAAACAUCCCGACAACUUUUUGGUAUUUGCCACAAGGGGAAGCGUGGCUAUGAUAUCUUUAGACACGCCUGAACAAUGGGACGUCACGUUACCAUUGAAAGACGUAAUGAAUUCAAUCGCAGUCGAUUAUCAUUGGGAACAAAAACUGAUAUUCUUUACAGACGUUAACCAUGACGUCAUACGGUCCAUCAACAUGCUGAAUAUGAGUGACACCAAAGUAAUUAUAAGAGAAAGGCUUGAUACGCCUAAUGGUAUUGGAGUUGAUUGGAUCGCUAAUAAUAUCUACUGGACUGACAAUGAGUUCAAGGUCAUAGAAGUGGCAAGAUUAGAUGGAUCUUGUCGAAAAACCUUGAUUACGGGUUUGACAGAACCAAGAGCGUUAGCUCUAUUCCCGGCAAAGGGAUAUCUUUAUUGGAGUGACUGGGGAGAACAUCCUAACAUAGAAAGGUCAUUCCUUGACGGAAGCCAUAGAAAAAUAAUAGUCAAACAAGACUUAGGUUUCCCUAACGGCAUAACCAUAGAUUACAAAGAAAGAAGAUUGUACUGGACUGACGCGCUCAAAGAUAGAAUUGACACGUCUGAUCUGAACGGGGAUCACAGAGUCCAGCUGGUCCCAGAAGCUAAAAAUCCCUUUGGCAUGACACAGUUCAACGAUUACAUUUACUGGACGGAUUGGUACAAGAAGUCCAUAAUGAGAGCAGACAAAAGAACGGGCAAGAAUGUGACAGCCAUACGAACGGAUUUGGAAAUGGCUAUGGAAAUCAAGGCCGUGUCGGCUGAUAAACAACACGGGUGGAACCCUUGUAAAGAGGAGAAUGGAGGGUGUUCCCAUCUGUGUCUGUUCAGGGUGCAUGAUUAUAUCUGCGCAUGCCCUGAUGAACCAGAUUCGAGACAAUGCUCAACAGUACCAAAAACGCGCGUGGACAGCAAAAUGCCGCCUCACUAUCCCGAGUCGUACGACUACUCCGAUAUGACUCGUAACGAUCUCCCGCCAAAACCCACCAUGGCGCCCGAAACCAGCUUCGGAGCUAUCAUCAUAGUUGUAGCUAUCAUACUGAUCCUUAUUAUAGGGAUACUCGUUGUCGCCUUCGUUUGUGUAAAAAUCAAUCGCGAACGCGGUGGCGAACUGAAAGAGAACUACCGAGAGUCGAGCGGUCACAUCUCCUUUCACAACCCUAACUACAGCUGUAACACCGGCGCGGGAGUUGAAGGCCUCGAGAGAACCACUAGGCCCAAUAGGUUUCAGGGCAUCUUCAAGUACGACAAAAGUCAGGAGCGCGUAACCAACGUGUAUAUCCCGGAGGGUACCAGUUUGCUCCCUCCGCCACCGCCGCCCCCGCACCGGCCUGCGACACACGACGACUUCGAACCAGUCACCCUGCAUCCUUUCGCCUGAACUAAACCACAAAUUGACGUAUAAAAAACAAUGGACAAUGGCUGUAGUGCGUAACUUACAUCCCGUUAAACGUCAUGUCCAAAUUGGACUGAGAACCCUGCAAGGCAAUUCUAAUGGAAUCCCUUAUUAACCAUUUUACGAAAUCCAACAUAGCUACAAACGAACUGUCACAGUGAAAGAAUAAUUACCAAGUUCUCAACAUUUACUCAGAUAUUCGCAAGUUAUGUGUCGCAAAUGAAGAUAACCUUAAAUUGAUAUUGUAUAAUUCUACAUAAUUAUGUAAAGUUAAACUUCCAUGUGCACUAUAAAGAAUACAGCAGUAAGGUUUUCUAUUUAAAAAAUAUGGAAUAACUUUAUUGCGUUUAUCGAUACUUAAUCGAUUUAUUUUUGCUCAUUCGGAUUUCGAUACCUAAUAAUCGUCAAUUGCAGAUUUUGAAAUCCGAAGGGAUGUUGUAGGUCGAUAAGAUCGCAUUGUUAGUAAUUAAAAGAAAUAUUUUGCGAUUAAAUUUGAAACAAGGUUUCAGUUGAAAAGUUUAGCUUAGUAAAGCUGUUAUUGACAGUUCUAUAAGAUUAAUUUCAGAUCAACUUAAAUUUUUAACGUAAUAUUCGUCGUUACUCCGUCAGAUAAAUAUGUGUUUUAUUAUGAAUAAGACAUGUAUGUUUACCAGUAUAUUUGAAUUAUUGUUAUAGUUUAUAGAAAUAGGCAAUUGGUUAUAGAUAAAUUAGAUGCUGAUGACUACACCAUGAUUGGAGAAUGGUGAUGUUAUGAGGGGCAUUCAAAUAUACAGGUUGGUUAAUUAUAACAAGAACAUUUUAUAUGAAGAUUAACAAAGCUUGCUCCAAUUCAUCAAUGGCAUAUUAACUAAAUGUAUUUGGGUCAAAUUGAUUAUUUAUUUACAUAUAAUAACAUCCAAAGCAAACACUUUGUCAUUGUCAUUAAAGUUAUCGAAAUAAAAAGUAGGUUAUAUUCUACUUCGCUAGCACACUAUGAAAGUCGGUACCCAUCUGUGUAACAGUAGGGCGUCCCUGGCGUGGUAGCGCAGUACACAAACAAGAAUUAGAAAUUAAUUAUCAAGUAUACAUGAUGAAUGGAUUUUAUUACUUUAUAUAUCUAAGUGAAUGGAGAAAACUAGGAAUAACAUUUAUUAUUUUUAUACAAGCCGUUUACCGCUCGCGAUGGCUCACGGGCGGCGGCUGUUAUAUAUUUAUUUAUUCGGUAGGUAUGGUAUAAAAGACGAGUAGAUGGUAUGGGAUCACAAGCAUGAAUACUGAAUUUCGGAAUGUUUGUCAAAAUUUAUGUAUAUUCCAAGAUCAUUGACUUCUGAAGAAUUGCACAAUAUUUACGAAAACAUAAAACAAAAUACUGACGAUCUCUUUAUGGUUUUGUUUGAAUAAAAAUCCGCUAACUUAGAACUAAUUCACCAGGAAAAAUAUGGUGACAAUAAAAUAUCAAUGUAAAUAGUUAGUUUUAAUUACUUAUGACAUUUUUGUCAAACAAAUCUGUAUGAAUAUUGGAUUGUAAAUAAUAGUUUAUUUAUAUUAACUUGAUACGUUAUAGUAUGACAUUUUUUUUUUAUUACCGAUGCACUCUGUGCAUUUGUAUUCCAAAACUAUGCACACGUCAUAUCACACCGAUACUUAGUUAAUAACUACGUUUGUCACAAAAAAAACAAUUAAUUAUUUAAUCAAUAUUUACUCUCGGUUUCUGGAUUGCAACACCAGAGGGCGUAAUGAAGUUUCACAGGGUGUUUUAAUCUAAGGUAGUAUAGGACGGGAGGCAACGGAUAACUGAUAAAAUACAAUUAUAUACAACAAUCAAUAUUUUUUAUUAAAUAUAUUUUAUUUAUACGUUAUCCCGCAAUAACUUGUUCGAAACGUGUCUCUCAAUCGCCACGCAAGUUCUUUCAAGUAACGAAUCAAUUGAUUGAUCAAGUCGAUUCGUGCACCCACCGUUAUAUUAUUCUUCUAAAGAAUUCAGCACGUGUGUAUAUUAAAAUAUUGUAACAUAUAAAUUAUAUAACAUAUACGAUAUAAGUGUACUAAUAAACAUUUAACACUCAAAUGCAGUGUUUUGAAUGCAUUUAAAAUUAUUAUUUUGGUAUUUAAAUAGCGCCUAAUAGUCCAAAUUAGUUUUGUAAUGUGUAAAAAUCGUUACGCAGAAGAAAAAAAUAGACAAGGUGUCAAACUAAAUCCGCCCCAGUUGCAAGUUACUACAUGAUCAAUGAUAUAUAUUUAUUGUGACUAUUCCAAUAAAGUACUCUAAAUGUACAUCUUUUGCCCUCUUUUAUUCAAUUUAUUAGGAAUAAAUUGUUUAUUUUUCUUAAGAAGUACCCAACACGCGAAUUUUCCUUUUUUGAAUCAAAGAGGUUAAGAAGGUCAUCUGCUAGUAAAGAAUAUUACUAUGAGGUUUCAUCUUAGUUUUAAGGAUAUAUUUUAUGUAAAUUGUUUUGUUAAAUAGCUUAUAAGGAAAGUGAAGUUUAAAAAUGUGAGUGCUGUGAUACCAGAUGCUUUGUGAAAUUUUGAAUGGGUUAUCAAUGAUGGAAAGCUAAUUUAUACGUAUAUAUAUAUUUAUAUUACAUGAACUAUUGCAUUAAAACUUUAUUUUAAUAAUCAUACCAAUGUAACGAAGUCGAAUUAACUUGCAAAAUGCACAAAUAUGCACACACCUAACGCACAACGCGUAUUUAAUGUUGUAAUUAUUGGAUAAAAUAUUAUUAUUUCAUAUUUGUUUGAAUAAAAAUAAAAAGAAAAAUCUUGAACAUGCUGAGUGUGCCAAAUUAAAUUUCCUUUUUUCAUAACUUUUGUUACAAUUACACGUAAGUAAUUUAGGUAAUAAAUAAACAGCUUUUACACCU